AAGUUUUUUUGUUUUAUAUUAUUUUGUUUUGUAUUUAGCGUAACAUCAAUAUAGAAGGAACAAUAUUUUGUCCCUAAACAAAAUUACAAAAUGUUGAGAACUUUAUUAUUUACUAAAAUAUCUUGCAAACAAUUUUUUUCUACAAAAGCAAAUGAACCUCAUAAAGUACUUAUAACAGGUAGCCUUGGGCAACUUGGUGCAGGUAUUGCAAAAAAACUUAGAUCAAAACACGGUAAUCAGAAUGUUGUGAUGUCAGAUGUUGUGAAAGCACCUGAAAAUGUUCUUUCUAGUGGUCCCUUUUUGUAUGCAGAUAUUUUAGACUACAAAAAUCUUCAAGCAAUUGUUGUAAACCACCAAAUUGACACCAUUGUGCAUUUAAGUGCACUAUUAAGUGCAAUUGGAGAACAAAACUUAUCUGAAGCUUUAAAAAUUAAUAUAUAUGGCUUCCAUAACAUUAUAGAAAUUUGUCGUAGGUAUGGAUUAAAGUUAUUUUGUCCAAGUACUAUUGGAGCCUUUGGUGUUGAUAGCCCAAGAAAUCCUACUCCAAAUAUAACUGUACAGAGACCAAGAACAAUUUAUGGUGUUUCAAAAGUGCACAUGGAACUUAUGGGAGAGUAUUACUAUCACCGAUUUGGUUUGGAUUUUCGUUCUGCAAGAUUUCCUGGUGUAAUUUCUGCAUUUACUCAACCAGGUGGAGGAACAACAGACUAUGCAGCGCAUAUAUAUCACAGUGCUUUAAAAACUGGUUCCUUUGUGUGCAAUUUACGUAGUGACACUCGAUUACCUAUGAUGUAUCUGCCAGAUGUCAUAAAGGCGGUUGAUUUGAUUUUGGCAGCUCCUGAAGAACAGCUUAAAGUUCGGACGUACAAUAUUACGGCUAUGAGUUUUACUCCAGACGAAAUAGCUGAAUCUAUCCGCCAUUUUAUACCAUCUUUUACAAUUACAUACAAUAUUGAUGAAAGUAGACAAAAAAUUGCUGAUGGUUGGCCACAACAACUCGAUGAUUCAGAUGCUCGUAACGAUUGGAAAUGGAAACACGAUUUUAAUCUUUAUGACAUGUCGAAAGAUAUGCUUUCGCUUUUAGGUCCUAAAUAUGGGAAAAAUGUUAUCUAAUAGUUAGUUUUUACUUUUGGUUGAUAGUUAGCUAUAAAAUAGACAAAACAGAAACAAUUUUGAUAGUAAACAAAUAUAAGAUUGAAAUUAUUAAUUCAAACCAUUUUAAUUGAAUGUUUCUUUCUCUCCCUCAACUAUCAAUAGUUGCAAAUUAAGUUGUAAGAAUAAAUCUGUGCUGAACUGUUUUUACUUUUAUUAUUAUUUUGAAUAAAUAUGAUAAAUUAUAAAUUAUUUCAAAAUUUUUGUUUUUUCAUUUGUAGAGCAUUUAAAUUAUAUUUUUAUAUUUGCAUUUAAUCUAGAAAUAUUGUAUUAAAAUUUUUGUAGAAUUCUUAAAUUAUUGAAGGUUUUUUCUGUUUUGUAUGUAAGAUAUAUAUCGUGUGAUAUAAAAGUACGUUUAA